GGAGCUCUGCGCGGCGGCGUCUUAUUCUAAAAUGAUUCCAUCGGAUGAAAAUCACCAAACAGACCGGCUGCGUGUGAGCGCGGAGGAAGGGACAAAUAUUGGGUGUUAUUUGCGCACAUUUUAUCCGCACCCUGCGUGCGCUGUCCCCGCUUGAUAUUGACGAGGAGCCGCCUCCUCUGUGCGCUCAGCCUGCAGCCUGUCAGGACCGAUCCGCAACCCCAGCGAAGCCGACAAGUUUGGGGAGAAAAAUGUUUGGAGUUUGACGAUCAGUCUGCGGAGACGAGAUGGAGCCCGGCUCACUCACGUGGCUCGGCUCACCUUGCGGUUCGCACGGACCGUAUGUCUUCUACAAAGCUUUCCGCUUUAACCUUGACGGUAAGAAGCGGCUCCUGUCGCUGGGAGAGUUCUUCUUGGUGCGCUGUCAGCCGGACGAGCCGCUCUGCGUCGCCGAGCUGCAGCUGCUCUGGGAGGAGAUGACCAAUCACCAACUCCUGUCCAGCUCCAAACUUUAUUUUCUACCAGAGGACACCCCGCAGGGGCGGAGUGCCAGCCACGGACAGGAUGAGGUGAUAGCAGUGUCUGAGAAGGUUGUGGUUCGACUGGAGGACCUGGUGAAAUGGACAGUAUGGGACCACGAGGCCUGGAACAGAGGAAUGAAAGCCUUACCGCUGAAGAUCAGCUCUAAGAGAAGCAUGACAGACUCCUUCAUCCAUUACCACGACCCAACUCUCAAUGGUGGGCUGCACUUCAAAGAUGUCAUGAAGGAGAAAGCAGCACUAGGUGAGGGCUUAGGCCAGAAGCAAGUGCUGGUCCUGUCCUACCCUCGGUACUGCAGGUACCGCUCGGUUGUGGCCCGGCUACGUGAGCAGCCCAGAUCUCUGCUGACCAAUGAGGUGGUUUUGGCGUUGGGCGGCAUCGCAGUGCCAUCUGAAAACACCCACAUCCUGUACUGUCGAGACACAUUUCGCCACCCCACGCUAUUACACAAUGAGAGCAUAUGUGAUGAAUUUGCUCCCAACCUGAAGGGCCGUCCCCGGAAAAAGAAGCUAUCAAACUAUCUGUAUCGUGACUCACAUGGUCAAAGUCAGGGGUCAGGUCACUGUCAAAAGUCUUCUAAAGAGACUGAAGCAAGAGCAGGAGAAACCACAGUUGAGGUGACAGCAGACAAAGCAGGCGUAACCAAAGUCAAAGACAGCAGGGUCAGUAGUGUAAAUCACAGCACACCGCUAGCACUGCCAGAGGAGAGAAGAAGAAGAGGACGAGGCUUGCAGUACAAAGCAGAGGAGCAGGCCUUCUUGGUGUCUCUGUAUAAAUAUAUGAAGGAGAGGAAGACACCAAUUGAGAGGAUCCCCUACCUGGGCUUCAAACAGAUAAACCUCUGGACCAUGUUCCAAGCUGCUCAGAGCCUGGGAGGGUAUGAACUGAUUACAGCACGUAGACAGUGGAAGAACGUCUAUGAUGAACUCGGAGGAAACCCAGGCAGCACCAGCGCAGCGACCUGCACACGUCGACACUAUGAAAGACUCAUCCUGCCUUAUGAGAGGUUCAUCAGAGGGGAGGAGGACAAGCCGGCCCCCCAGCUCAAACCCGGGAAACUGGAGGCCAGCACAAGCAAAGAAUCAUCCAGCAGUAUCUGUACCCCCAUCCUAAAGACAGAGGCGUGUCCUGAGAAGAGUGACACCCUUGAAAGUAGGGAUCCGGAUCAAAGCAGAUUAGUGUUGGAACAAAAUUCUCAGCUGAAACUUGAGCCUCAAAUCUGCAUAACUCGUUUGGACUCCUUAAAGCCUUUACUUAGUGUCAGAAAAAGACAAAGCCCAACACAGGAUAGUCAGAAUGAUCCAGCAAUCCAGCUGAUGCAGAAGCACAAAGAGGAGGUGAAGAGGAAGAGGAGGUAUAGUGGAUGUGACCCCUCCUACUUGACAACUUGUCCAAUGACAAAGGAUGAAAGCAUGUUACCACUGGCUACUCCAAAGAUCUUUAACCAUGGCCACUCAGCGGUGGACCUCUGGCAGCACCAGCAAGUACCAUUACAGGAUCUGUGCCGUAUUGGGAAACCAAGAAACCUGCAGUCUCCAACAAUCCCAGAACCUCCCAGUGAACAAGCCGAACUACCUAGGACAGAGGACACUUCUUCAGGAUUCACAACUCUCUUUGAGUCCUCUGGGGCUAGCAAGGCGAUCAUGUCUCCACUUGCCAAGAAAAAGCUCUUACUGCAUGUCAGCAGUACUGGAUUACCCAAACAAGGCCACUGUUAUUCCAAUUUUCGCCAGACUCCUCCACUUAUUACCUCUAGUUCAACCAACUGUAUAAUAGAAGAGCCAGCAGAGCGACCAGCUGUAGGCACAGAUUCCUCAGUGGUGGUACUGAGUCGCCCCUCAGUGAUACAGCACGUGCAGAGCUUCAAGACAACAUUCCAAAAAGAUAGAGCAAGACAGGUUAAAGAAAGCACACCUCUUCCUUUAAAUUCUCACAAACAUCAUUUCCAUCUUGUGCCCCCUUCUUACUCUCCCAUACCCCUGCUUUCCCAUCAAAAAGAGUCUAAGUGUCCAUCAACACCUCUGCUCACUCCUAAAAUGCCCAAAUCCCGCUGGACACCUCAGGGCUUCCCUGUUGACCUUUUUUCAUCAGUAUCAUACCUUGAUUAUAGGCACAGGGCAGCCGAGAAAGCUGAUGGGACUGUUAAUGUAGAGUUAGUUUAUGAUGGAUCUAAACAACCCCAAGAGCAAGGAGCUACCCUCCCAAGAGACCCUAAAAGCUUGGUGAGAUUCCUUCAGCCUGAUGAUGAUUCAAAGUACUCCACUCCUACUGAUCAGGGCAAUUCUCCCAAUCCAAGAACAUUACUGUCUGAUGAUCAACCCACAGAUCUAAGUCUCCCGAAGUCCUCUCUAAAACCACUCCACCAUCCCUGCCCUUCUGGUCCCCUCAAGUAUUCCACAAGGUAUCAAGACAGUACCCCAAUUGUCCCUCAGAAUGGACUUACAGAUGUCACCAUUGCACAUUACUUAAGAGCACAGCGAGUUCCCCCACUGAGUGUGUCUCUUGCACACACAUGCAAUCCCAGGCAAGACCCAGCAGCUGAACCCUUUAGAGCCACUGAGGAAGCAGUGGUUGGUACCGUCCACAAUGGAGGAGUGGUAAAGAAACAGAAAGUAGAAGACAAGAAGGUGCAAGAACGAUUGCAAACUGCACUUUACAACAGGAUGACUGAGUCCUUAGGAUCACAGAUGGUACUGCACAAUGCCUGUGUUGCCCAUCCCCUAAAUAAUCUUGGAAAAAGCAUCUCAAAGAGCAGGAGGCAAGCCUUUCCAAAGGAUGUUCUUUCCUCAUCGCCUUCAAAAGAGAUCAAGACACCCAAGGAUGACAGUGUUGUGGGAGAAAGUGCAGAGGAGGCAGAGGGAGGUAAACCUGCCUCUCCCUUCUCCAUACUCAAUCCUGCUUCUCAAAUCUACCCCAAUAUCCUUAACCCUUCAGGAACCCUUGCACUAUAUCAGGUUCAGAACCUGUGCAGGGAUACCUUUAGCAUUCCCCUAAUUAUGGACCAACCGCACUGCUCGAAAUCCCAUCUCCAAAACCCACUCCAAUACUUGAAAACUCAAUCAACUGACUUUGAUUCCUCAUUGGUCCCACCCAUUGCCAUUCAUUCUUCAAUUGCGCAAAGGCAGCUUUUGGUUCAGGCAUCUGCCAGUCCAAUACAUAUCUACCAACAAACAUAUGGGGAUGUUCUUCACCACAAGCUAUAUCCAGUGUCCGUCAAUCCACAUCCCACCUUUAGCCAGGCACCGUCUGUUCACCCAAGUACCAAGCUACCUUAAUACAAAAGGCUGUAGCAACUGACAUUACUUUCCCUUGUGACUCAGGUCUGAUUGUUUCUAAUUACUGUCAAUAUCAAUAAGUGGAUGGAAUCUGAUAUGUCACCAUAGGAAAAGCACCGGUGUAAUAAGACAUUGGAUGAUUGAAUUCUGUUGAACUGAUUAAUUUUCAGGGCCCUAGUAUUGUGCAACUGUAAUGAUGGGUGGACAUGUGACAUGGCACCAAAGCUUGUUUCACCCCUGUGAACCACAAUAUUUCAAUAUAUUCAAUUGGGACUCGUGUCAAAUAAAGAAUACCACAACUAGUGAUGUCCAAAGCUUCAAAUGUCACUAGAGCUGCAGUACAUCCUCCAUUCAGUUUGACAGGUUUGAAUGUUUGGCAGCUAAACUAUGUUUAAGUGAGAUGAACAAUGGUGGGAAAAGAAGAGGAAAAUAACUGAGAACGGUGAUGCCCACUCAUAAGACACAAUUCCUAGAAACAUUUUUGUCUGAUACUAAGUAAGAAGACUCAUGAAAUGUCUCAUAAAUAGUACAGAGUGGGCAAUCAGGACAUAACAUAUAUUACUAUUUUGUGUCAGCAAUGAUAAUAACAUGUAUAUUUUAUAUUUUUACUGUAGCAUAUUGCAAAAGAAUAUGUGCAUUUACUGCAGCACUUCUGAACAGGAGCAUUAGAAGACAGAUUUAAUGAAUAACUUUCUGGUCUUUAAAGUGGGCUGUUGUUGUGUUUUGGCCCCUGACGUGAAGAUGUCAUCGUGCUUGCUGUGUUCAAUGCACCAAAGAAUCAAAUCUUUUUUUCAUCAUGAACAGGGAGAAGGCUUAAAAGCUUCAUAAGGACUAAUCCACCUCAGUCAGCAUACCAGGACAGAGCCAUUAUUGAUGUUACUACUAACAUCUGUGCUUUUCCUACUUUGACAAGACAAAAUAUCUGCUGUGGGAAUGGCCUGUCACCAUUGGUAUAUUUAUAGAUGAUGUGUCUCCAGCAUCUUAACAUGUAAUAACAAAAAGCAAUUCCAUCCAGGAAACUAGCACAACCAGGCAGCUCUUUAAUAUCUUUUCAGAACAAGUCAGGAUAGAGACACCUAACAGCAACUGUCUAGCUUAUCUCACUCUCUCUGAUGAUAAAUCAUCCAAUUCGUUUUGUAUUAUUUCGGGCUAAAGACAGACGGAAAAGGGAGAAAGACAGGUUAGAACUGAACCCAAGCUGUUGCAGUAAUGGCCCGUUUGUGGAGGGGGAGUGUGAUCUAUCAGGUAAGCUACUUGGGCUCCAGAAAUCAUCAGAUUUGACUCCAGUAUUUCAGUGGACAUACUAUUAUAAUGAGACAUAAGAUAUGAUUGCUUGUGUCAAAGACGUACACUUUCUGUUUCAUAACUUGCACAUUCUGUCAUGUUUUGUCAAAGCACAUUUGAAGUCUUUAAUCAGUUUUCUGAAUUUCAUUUUUUUUAAUUAUAUGUAUGUUUAUUAUGUUGUUGGGAGGUAGCCAUCUGCUUAGUUACAGUAGUAGUAGGUUAGUCAGGUUAUUUGCAAACACCUCCUGUAAUGUGUUUUUCUUUUAGCAAACAUUUAUGAGGCGGUCUCGUUGUAUAUACUUAUAAACUCUUCUGACUACUAAAAAAA